AUGCGCGCCUCCUCAUUAUUCGCCAUAGGCCUUGCCUGGACCACGAGCGCCGCGGGUCUUCUGCCUCGUCAGGGAUCGUCAGCGCCCUAUUGCCCUCCUCGUUCAGCAACUCCGGAGGAACAGAGGGUGAUUCUCGGGGAAUUCAUUCAAGCCUUCUACGAAGAAAGAAAUGCCACGAAAGCUUUACUCAACCAUGUUGCGGAGGACUACAUCCAGCACAACCCGAACGCACUCUCCGGCCGACAGAACUCUCUCGACGUUCUUGCUCCGUUCCUAUCCCCGAACACCGUCAACAACACGAUCAUGAACAAGGGCUUGGACAACAAUAUUGCGUACAUCCAUUACCGAAUGGACCUUGUUGGAGGUGGACAGCCUUUCGCCGUCGUUGAUGUCUUCAGAUUCGACGGCACUUGCAUUAUGGAACACUGGGAUGUGGCACAGCAGCGGCCUGCAAACGCGACCAACCCCAUUGCAAUGUUUUGA